AGAAACGAAAUCACCGUCCAGGUUUUGACCACAUUUCCUGGGCUGCACAGCUGCACAGCUGGCGCGGCGACUGUGUGUUGAUUGCCCAUCGGACGUCGUGAGGCAAUCGGAAAGAAAAAGACAAACCCAAAAAGACUGUGCAGAUAAUCUAACACAGCAGCGUGAUACAAGCUUGAGCUGUCAUGUGAAAUGACGGCGACCGCCAUUGUGAUUGCCCAGAGCGGAUGGAUUAUUUCCACCUUGUUCUUAAACUACUAUUUGGCCAAUCGCUCACUUAAUAUUGCGUCCGACCGGAUGCUUUGCGGAUCGCUGACAAUCGCGACGGACAUCCGAGAGCCUCGAGGCUGGCCCGUCAGCCAUUGCCACUGCCCGCUGGCCGCCUCGUCGAUAUUUGAAUAAGAUGGCCAACAUCAGGAAUAACGAGUCCAACGACGCUGCUGAUGCUGUCCGGCUGCUCGGAUUUGUCAUGGACAUGUUCAAAGAACAACAGCAACAAUGGCGGGAGAAUCAAAGUGAUUGGUUGGCCAACAACAGAUCGACGGACGUCGAUCAAGUGCAAGUCGGUGACGCAACAACAACAUCAACAGACCGAACGGUCGAAGAGUUGCAGCUCCUGAUGCCCGUCUGGGCCUACCAGUCGGCCGCCGCCUAUUUGAUCUUCAUUAGCGUUCUCGGUCUCUUCAUGAACAUUGUCGUCGUCCUGGUCAUCAUCAGUGAUCCACAGAGAAUGACGCCCUUGAAUUGGAUGCUCCUCAAUUUGGCCUGCUCCGACGGAACCAUCGCCGGAUUCGGGACGACGAUAUCGACGGCUGCUGCUCUUAAAUUCGGUUGGCCUUUCAGUGAUGAACUGUGCGUCGCUUACGCCAUGAUCAUGUCCACCGCAGGAAUCGGAUCGAUCACGACAUUGACGGCGCUGGCCUUGUGGCGAUGUCAACUGGUCGUGUACUGCCCGGCAAACCGGAGCGGGGCCUUCGCCAAUCACCACAGCGGUGGCGGCGGCGGCAGCGCCAAACUGGGCCGGGUUCAGGCCGCCGUUUUGCUGACUCUCAUCUGGUCCUAUGCGCUGGCCGUCACUUGUCCGCCGCUGUUCGGAUGGGGACGCUACGACCGAGAAGCCGCCCACAUCAGCUGCUCGGUCAACUGGGAGUCUAAGAUGGCCAACAACCGAUCCUACAUCCUCUACAUGUUCGCCUUUGGAUUAUUCGUCCCGUUGGUCGUCAUCAUUUCCUCUUACGUCAGCAUCUUACGCGUCGUCAAAAAGACUGGCAAGUUCAAGAGGGCGACGUUACAGCAAUCGACGCAACAGCAAAACGAGCAGAGGAUAACGCCCGAUCUCCAGGAAGUGAAGCAGCAAAAUCUCAACAACAACCAACAACCGGUUAGGAGGUCCAGCAAAAGGAGUAACAGCGACGCGGCCGAGAAGCGAGUGACGGUGAUGGUGGCCUGUAUGGUCGGCGCCUUUCUGGCCGCCUGGACUCCUUAUUCCAUUCUGGCCCUCUUCGAGACUUUCAUCGGAGUCGCUGACCAUUCCGGCGGACCAGGCAGGAACAUGUCGACGACGUUCAACCUCGACGGCCAGCCGGAUGGGGAAGAUAAUUACUUUUAUUACGUCGGGGCUAUUUCGCCGGCAUUCGCCACCAUUCCGUCGCUUUUCGCUAAAACAUCCGCCGUCCUCAAUCCGCUCAUCUACGGACUACUCAACACUCAGUUCCGGUCGGCUUGGGAUAAGUUUGUGAUUCGGUUCCUGUGCCGACGCCGCCGUCGCUUCCGGUGUGAGCAGACCAGCCAGGGCCUGGACGAGUCUGGCAAUCAAACGGAGCGUCGCCGCCUGCGCCGAUUACUUGAUUUCAGUUUCGCAAUGAAACAGUCGGUGACUGUCAACUUGCCCAUGAGGGAAGUUGUCCCGCUGUCCAACAACGACUCGAUCAAUUCGACGGGCAACCAACAACAGAAAUCGACUUCAUUCAGAAACGUCAAAGCGGCGUCGGCCAGCAGUCCGUUGGCGUCCGUUCAAACGGCGACCUACCAAUCGAACGGCGAUCAGAAUCGUAAGAUAUCAUCCGACAGUGACUAUUCCGCCAGACAGCCGAAAUACAGGGAAGCGGUCAACCCUUUCGUCGGAACUACUACGACGUCGGGACUUACGAAUUCAAAAUUCCCGCCGGGGAAAAAAUCGUCCAAGAAUUCUCACCGCAAUCCCAGGCAACAGCAACAGUCUGAGCAGCCCGUCAAGUUGGUGGUCGUCCGUUUGCUGUCCGACUCGACCAGCUGUUGCUACACCACUGAAGAAACGUCAGUCAGUCUGAAUAGUCCGGCCAUCGGCCGCUCGCCAUCCAGCAAGAGCCAAGCCAAUAAAGCCAACAGUUUGCCCAGGCCCAAUCGUCAAGUGGUCUAAAGAUGGUACUUGGCUAUAUUUAUCAUCAUUUCCCAUAUAGAUAAUAUUUGGUCGUGUAUUAUACGGAGAUGAAUUGCCGGGAUUGAAUUGUCUGUAAUUUCUAUGAUGAAUUAGCUCAUCUUUGUUAUUUAUUGCAUUCCCCUUAUAAUCUGUUCCUGGGCACGAUGGGUCGGACGUUCGUUUCCAAUCGACUGCUGCUGCCGCCAGUCUUUUAUUAUCUCGUGAUAUGUCGUCUGUUGCAAUCGGCAAUCAAUGUUGUUUUUUGUUUAGUUUUGUUUUUUGUUUCUUUUCUUUCAGCAGUCGCAGUUGAUCUUGUUUUCCAGGAAAAAGGAAUUGAAAAGGAAAUAUCCGCGUUUGAUAUAUUCCAUCCAGGCGGAGUUUGUUCCGCUCGCUCGAUUGAUUCCCAACGACACACAUGAAUUCCAGAUUUGAUAUUAUAAGCUGAUUUCUUUCUCUUUUGCGAUUGGAUAAUCGAGACUUGAUUUAGUAUACGAUACUGUACAUUACAGCAUACAUAUAGGUGUAGUAUUACAAUCCUAUUCGCAUUUCUAGACUGCAUGUGAAUUCAUUUAGCAGGAAAUCAUUUAUCGCUUUUUAUUAUGUCUUGCGCAACUUUUAUGCACCGAUAUUAAUUAGUCAACUGAAUUUGUAUACAUCAAUUACGUAUCUAUUUAGUCAAACAGAUUAACAAUUUAAAGGACUUUCCAUCACUAUCUCACCUGCCCCACUCAUGAUGUCACAGGGUCCGUCGUCUCUUUCAAAUGCUGGUGAUACAUUUUUAUCGUGUCUACCCAAAUUUCGAUACAUUUUCUGAAUUUGUAAUAAUAAACUUAUUCGUUUUCGUAAAUUAUAUCAACGUAUAAGUUACGAUAUGUAUGAAACAAGAAAU